AUGGAAAGAGAAAAAUUGCUUAUGACCCAAAAUCCAUCUGGUGUAAAAUGUGACAUAGUUAAUAAGUGUCAAAUGUUCCUAAAAGCUGAAGAUGGAGGAGCAGAUGCUAAAUUGAAUGUUUCUGAUAAUGUUUCUUCAAUAAAUGAAGGAGAGCAAGAUAUUGGGAUGUCUACCCAUAGUCAAACUAAUAAAGAAUCUUCUGGGAAAGAAAUGGAAGAUUCUAAGGAAAGCAAUGCUGAUGGGAAUGAGGAAAUGCCUAGUACUGUUACAGUUUUGGAUACUCCUGAUGGAGGCAAAGUAUAUUUAGUAGGGACAGCACAUUUUAGUAUUAAAUCUCAAGAAGAUGUUUCUAGGGUUAUACAAGAAGUGUUGUGUGAACAGAGAACAAAUAUCCUACUUUUAGAUGAAGAGAGUAUUUUAAGAGAGGCCAAGAAUAUAAACUUCAAAAAUAUAAGGGCAACUAUGGCUCAGAAUGGAGUAUUCAACGGUUUAAUGUAUAUAUUACUAUUAAAUAUGUCAGCACACAUUACUCGUGAGUUAGGUAUGGCUCCUGGAGGAGAGUUUCGCCGAGCUAUGGCAGAGGCCAAAAAGAUUCCUAAUUGUAUUGUGAAACUUGGUGACAGAGCGAUCGACAUUACAUUACAUAGAGCUAUAGCAUCUCUAUCUUGGGGACAGACAAUACGAUUUAUAUGGCAUCUUCUUACAUCUAACAAAAGUAUUAGUGUGGAAGAAGUUGAGAAAUGCAAAAUGAAGAAAAUGUUGGACAAUAUGCUGGAAGAAAUGGCGGAGGAAUUUCCAGCUCUUAAGCGCGUAUUUGUUGUAGAGCGUGACAUGUAUCUCUGUCAUUCACUCCAAAUAGCUGCUUUAUAG